GGCAUCCCCAGACCUUGGCAACUAUUGAAGUUCAAAUGACAGGCGCGUGCUUGGGAUGAUGGCAUAGCAUGGAGAUCUUAAGCUGCGGAAGGCCGCCAUGAAUUCGUAACAAUAGGAAACACUGCCCAGAGUCAACGCUGCUCAUUUUCUACUGUUGCUUUCUGGCCAACGCCACGAUUGUACAUACCGAAUUCCCAAUUGACACGCUCGUGCUGUCCACCCGGCAGUAGGCUGCCCCCGGAUCAUAGAGUCGGCGACAUCCUGGGCAUUGAGCGACGUUCAUCUACUACCAAAGCCCAACUGUCCCAGUAAUUCAAUCCCAUUACCUGCCACGCAUGGUCCUAGAAAAUAGAUUCCACAUUACACACGCUCAGCGACCAUCUGUCCAAAUCGCCUCUGCUGGCUCCUAAAGCUGGCACUUCAAUCCGAGACCGUCUUGCAUGGCCGGCGUGCAAGGCAAUAUACGGUCCUUCAUUGCGCCGAUCAAGGGAUCUGGUCGAACCGCCCCGGCCCUCCACGAGGACCUGUCACUGUACGAACCAUGGCAACAGCCACAGGACGGUCCAAACCUCUUAGCUGACUCGCCGCUCCGUUUCAUUCAGACGCAGUACCUCGGAGACUUGAUCCCUCUCACGAGCUGCAGACACAAAUUCGGACUGAAGCCGAAACAGUCAAACCCCGCAGUAUUGGAUGAAAGACCUGGACCUCAGACAAUAUGGACGGUUGCAGCAUUCUGUCAAGUAUGUCGUCUACACCUUCAGGUCAAAGUGGACUACACCAUAAGGUUCCAGGAGCCACCGUGCCCCAAUGAUGACCAUCCCCUACACCAUUUGGUGCGAUCUGAGUACCAAGAGCCGUUGGAGCGCAAUGCCUGGCUACGGCAGAAUCCCGAGUCAAGAGAUGAGGUUUAUACUUACAAAUGCUCGUCAAAGACCUGUUCUGCUACCGUCACGGUUCGCCUCAGCCCUCCGGUGCUGCGGCCUAGCGAUGUGCGGACGCUGGUGGAUGCCGAUCUCCUCCAGCAGAGGACAAAGGAUGCAUUUCGGGAAAGAGAAGGAAACACAGAAGGAAUGAAACACCCAGGGCCAGUUGAUGUCUUGACCGAUCUUCGUGCGUACAUCAAGAAUUCGUGGAAGGCGCGUGAAGAUGUGAAGUACAGAUCAAUAAACCUUUCCAACAGAAGAUUCAUCGUCCGCUUUGGACCGGAAGGAAAUGCUUGUAAGGAUGUGCUUGAGCAUCUGGGUUUCCAGCUGGUGCCAGGUGAAUAUUGGAGAGUUCCUCAACCAGUCCUUGAGGACAGUCAACCAUUCCAGAGUCCUGUCAACAUCUGGCUGGACAAUGCUGAAAAUGAGAUCUUGUCUUUACUGCUGUCACUAUCUUCCGAGGAACGACAACAGCUCCCAGAUAUUUCACCACCUGUGCCUGCCGAACGAGAGCUCUCUCGGAUCCUUGGCUGUCAAGAUUAUGAUUCUGAUCCAUCAAGUCGCGCUGCGAAGCCUUCGCCUGAGAUGAGGACUGCACCAUUCAUUGCUCUAGGAUGUCCACGGGAUCUGGCCGACCACCUGAUUGUGAAAGCGUACCACUGGCAAGUGGAGACCGAUCCUCAGAAUGCGCCCAUAUACUUGAGCCACCUGCGAUAUGUCUCAAACGACCGUCAAAGCGAUGUCCUUGAGACUGAGGUUGUCAUUGAAACCUCAAAAGGCCGAUUCGACUCGGAGACGCUGGAGAAGGCCUACAAGACUUUUCAGUUGAGUGGACGUGAGGGUGCGGUGAAUGAUGAAGACAUUAUUGGUACAUUCAUGGCGACGCUAGCAGAUUCACCUGGCCAGGAGCAUGAUUUACGUGAAUACUUGCGCAUUAUCGGUGUUCACCGAAACAGCAAGCUCGUCAUGGAUACAGCACAGAACAUCAUGGACAGCUACGAGCAAGCCCUUAUUUUCCUCGGUGUGGAUGCAAGCACGGAAGACGAAUUUAUUCAGGCUGCCUUUACUGCCAAGACAAGCGAGAACAAAGCCCUGGAGCAGCAAGCAAUCCAGGCCGUCCGCUUAAUAGCUCAGCAUCGAAAAAGCAGUCUUCUGUCCACCUGGAUUGAUUCCGGCUUCUCAGCCGAAACACAGAUGGAUCCCGCGGAGGGCUAUCAAGCCCUGCAAAUCCAAAACCGCGAGAUUGAUGACGAAAUGAUUAUGCUGCAAUACAAUAUGGCAGUGGAAGAGAAUCCAGCAAGUGUCGAAUAUUACAACAAGGCACUCGCUGCCAUCGCCAGCGGCAGGAAUAGUACUCAAUUGCUGGACCAUCUACAAAGCCGGGCCCCACAGCCUCCCGCGGCCACAGAAGGCGAACCUGUUGGGCUGGAGAACAUCGGGAACACUUGCUAUCUCAACAGCCUCUUGCAGGUCCUCUUCACCAUGACUGAGCUGCGGAAAGUGGUUCUCGAUUUUGACCAGUACCGAAUGACCCUGGAUCCGGAAAGCAUGGAGCAAAAGAGAGUAGGGCAGCGGAAAGUCAGUCUUAAAGAGGUUCAGACCGCUCAAAAAUUUGUUGACAGGUUGGCGUCACUCUUUCGCGGCAUGAUAGAAACACCACAAUCCUCGAUAAAGCCUGAACAGGAGCUCGCACGCCUAACGCUCGAGACCGAAAGUGUGAAAGAAAGAAUGCGUCGAAGAUCUACUCUCAUGACCGAUCGACCAAGUUUAGGCCACAUAGAUAGCAUACCAAUGCUCGGACCGCUGACUCUAGCCGAGCACGAGAGGGUCAGAGUAACGGAUGAUGUUAUAGUGCAGUCUCCGACAGAAGGCGAUAACAAAUUCUUUGAUCCUCUUGUUCGGUUCGAGGAACCGGAGAGCAAGAGGAAAGACAACAACGACAAUAUCGAGCCAGACGUGGAGGACAUUACGAUGAACGACAACUCCAGUGAAGCUACGCUGGUUUCCAAGCCAGACAGCGACCAGGUCUUGCUCGAAAAUCCGAGCGAAGGGCAGCAGCAACCCGUAUCGGAUGACAAGGAGAAUCUGUCCCCGAUCAAGCCGUCACCGUCGGUCACGACCAGCCUACCUCACAACGUGGAGCCUCUGGCACCAGCAUCACCUUCCAAGUUGAACGCACAGGCUGGGGCAAAUGAGCUGUCUGCCGUACCACUGGAGGUGAACACGGAACCAGAGCCAGUGAAGUACGAACCUCCUCCUGGAAAACCGCCUCCAGUGCCACCCAGAAAGCCGAAUCAGACUCCGACCACCACUCUGGAAGAGUAUGCACGUCAGCAGGAUGUCACCGAGGUUAUGAAUCACUGCAUCAUCCAGCUGUCCUGUGCAAUGCGACCCAGAGGCUAUGAUAAGUCUGGCGAGCAGUACGACGAGGUGCAUGAUCUUUUCUUCGGGCAACAGGUUGUACAUGUCCAACCAGAAAAGGGACCGUCCCCGACUGUGCCCUUUCUCAAUAUCAUUACCCGAGUAUACCAUCAACCCCCUGAUGUGUAUGCCGCAAUGGACAACGAGUAUGAUCUCCAGGACGCCCAGGAUGGGACAAAAGCUUACACUUCCGUUGCUCGUCUGCCACCUGUUCUUACCAUUGCCCUAGACCGAGUAGCCUGGAACCAAGAAGCAAAGCGCCAAGAAAAGCUCAACUACCAUGUGGACGUCCCCGAGACCAUUUACAUGGACCGAUAUCUCGAGAGCGCCAGCGAUUCGGACCUGAUGCACCGGCGGCAGCAAACUUGGGAGAUGAAGAAGGAACUCGCAGCACUCUCUGUGCGGAGAACUUUUCUGGAGGAGAAGCACGUAAGGCAACCGAACAAUGCUAUCAUGUUUACAACUGACGUGAUACAGGGCACAUCGAAAGAUGUUCCAGGCCUCCUGGAAGAUGCGAAGCUUGUCCUAGAAUACCUAGCUGAAGUAUCAAGCGAUUCUGUGUCGGAAGAUCUCAGCGUCAAUCCUACCGUUGUCGCAGAUCUUGGAGUUAUGGCCGAGAACGCCCGAGCGGAACUUGAAGGUAUCAAGUCGCGAAUGGAUCAUCUCAACCAACAAAUCAAGGAAGCAUUCGUAGAUAUGCGCAAACAUCCAUACCGAUUACACGCCGCCUUCUUCCACCGUGGCGGUGCAGCAGGCGGCCAUUACUGGGUGUACAUAUUUGACCACAAGAAAGAAGUCUGGCGCAAAUACAACGACGAUCGCGUGAGCGUCGUGCAGAACCGUAACGAAAUCUUCGGCAAGCCGACGCAGGAUCAAUGGGGUCCGCCGCCGAACCCUUACCUCCUAAUCUACAUCCAAGCAGACCGCAUCGACGACCUGGCCGAAACUGUCAAGCGCGACAUCGUCUACCCGCCACCCGACGCACCGCCUCCAGUACCCGCACGAAACCAAAUGAGUGAGAUGCCGCCCAAGGGAGACGUGGAAAUGCUGGAGUACGUCAAUGGCGGUGAGCAGGCCCAGACCACUACUGCCCCUGACCCAUACCCAUAUGACCUGGACAUUUCCCACCCCGAAACACAGUCAGGUGCCAAGAAGGAAGGCGACUGGGACAACAGCGAGCUGAUUAUUCCCGACAGACCAGUCAAUUGGUGAUGAGGAAGCGUGCAUGAGACUCGAACCACUACUCUGACACCUCUUCUUCGACCAACGGAAUGGAAAGCAUACCCUGUCAGUGGGGGCAGUAGCUUCCACGCUCGAAGCACUGGUAGCUCCGGCUGGACAUGAGUAUUCUGCCUUGUCCAGAUGUUUGGUUCAAUGAAUCUCACAGGACCUGAACUCUGGCAUGCGUUUGGCUUUUUGCGGAAGGGUCGUUACAUUCUCACACAAUAUUCUUUUCCUAGUCCUUCUCAGCCUAUUGGACUGGAUGGAUGGAUGGAUUCAGUCGAUUAAUUCCAGCAUAGCAACCAGACAGCGAGGGAAUAAAAGGACUGUUACAA